AUGAUAAUCCAAUGUGUUGGAGGUGAGAUUUCCAGCACCGUCAUUAGCCAGAUGAAUCUCUAUGGUAGAGUCUCGGUGUGCGGAAGCAUAUCGUGUUACAACAGUGGCCCGUCCAAUCUACCAAAGGCAACGAUUCUCCAACCCUUUGUGCUUUCCAAUCAGCUCGAGAUAAAGGGUUUUGUUGUUCUGCGCUGGGUUGACCGAUGGAUGGAGGGAAUCGAGAAAAAUCUAGCUUGGAUUCGCGAAGGCAAGCUUAAGUACAGAGAAACCGUUACCGAGGGUUUCGAAAAUAUGUUUGAUGCAUUCGUGGGAGUGUUAAAGGGUAAAAACAUCGGCAAAGCCAUCGUGAAAUUUUAAAGUAUUUUUUUUUUAUGUCAAUGAAUCCUAUGUGUGGUGUUACUCGAACGAGAUUGACUCUGUUGAAUUAAAAAAAAAAUAAUGUUCACUUUUUAUUAAGAAAUAAAGGACUCCAUCUACAAA